AUGCAACUAUCUUUUGUUUGGAGAUAUACGAUGGCUAAUACGAAACGCUGGUGCUGGUAUAUUCCUAUAGUAUCAUUAAUAUGUACAGUUAUAUGGUAUUCAUACACCAUGGAAUCGACUAGUCGAAAUCGUGUAGCCAUUACGGCCUUAAAGCCGCGAGUUAUUGAUGACACUAAACAGAACGUCGUAGCGAUCCUGAGUAAACAGAAUGUGGUACCAACUGUGAGUAAACUGGAGAAGAAAAAUGAAAAAUACUUAGUAUAUCUGUGCGAUGAAAAGAGAGACUGUGGUGGCUGGGGUGACAGACAGAGAGGAAUAGUUUCUUUGUUUUUACUUUCUUUGGUGUGGAAACGGACAUUUAAAAUUUUGAUAUCCUCUCCAUGUGAUAUUAAACCCUAUUAUACACCCACCAAAGAAUAUAACUGGAUAUUCACCGACGAUGAAUUGAAAGGGUUGAAAGAUCAAAAAACGAAAACACUGGAUUUUGUAGGCGUUGAUGAACCUCUGAUGAACAUGAAUAUGAACAGCUCAGAGAUUGCGGAUGUGUUGUACAUUAAAACCAAUUGCGUGAAUUUUUUAAUAAUAGCCCUAAAAUAUGCCAAUUUUUUACCUGUUUAUUUAAGAAAAAAGGGAAGAGCCAGUAUAUUUCGGGAAUCUUGGAACAGAUUUAUGAUUCCAACGGACAAACUGCUCAGUCAAGUAGUGAAAAUAGAUUCAAGGGGAGAAAUAAAUUCAGAUGCAAAAAAGUUGGGAAAGGAACUAGUUUGUGCACAUUUACGAAUAGGUCACAGUAAAUAUUUACCUAAUGAUUAUGUUGGAUUUCCUCUUGUGGCUGUUCCAAAGGUGUGGAAUUUUAUUGAUGACAAUUUUCAUAAAAAAUCUAGGAUUUUUGUGGCCACAGAUAACCUCGAUGUCAGAAAAAGCGCUAUUUCUAAAUAUGGUAGAAGAUAUAUCGGAAGCUACGCUUACACCAUGAAUCCAGAUAAUAUGCGAUCAAACUUAACAUUGGCUUGUAGUUCUCAAGAAUCUGCUUAUGUAGAUCAGUUGAUGUUAUCGAAAUGUGAUGUUCUUAUUUUUUACAGACGAAGUGGCUUCAGUAUUCACGCUUCAUAUCUCAAAACUGAGUGGACAAAUAUUUAUUCUAUCUUAAGAAACGGUAGCAGUACAUUUUCUCUGCAAAAAACAAAUAUUUAUUGA